UGGCAUUCGCCUGCCUUUCCUUCUGGGACGAGACCUGCUUAUUAGUGUUUCAUCAUGUCCUGACAGUAUAAAACUCCUUUAACAGAACCAUGUUUUGACUUCGUAGCACCAUCUCGUAAGCCAAUUUUUGCCAAGAUACAGAAGAGGGAAAACUUUCUUUGGCCCCAUCGGAGGUUUUUGGAAAUACAGAUCAAUGAUGGUUGAGCCAAACCCCAAAACAAGAAGUAGUCCUGAUGCUGUUAAGACCGAGAGCAGUGUGGAAUUCUGGGAAAGAACGGAGCAGAACGACCUGGGUGAGGACACUACCAGCUCAGACGUGCAGCUCCAGCGUUUCAGGCAGUUCCGCUACCAGGAGGCUGAGGGACCCCGAGAGGUUUGCAACCAACUCCACUCUCUUUCCUGUCGGUGGCUGAAGCCAGAGGGACACACGAAAAACCAAAUUGUAGACCUGGUGAUCCUGGAGCAGUUCCUGACCAUCCUGCCAGCGGAGAUGGCGAGCUGGGUGAGGGAAUGCGGAGCGCAGACCAGUUCCCAGGCGGUGGCCCUGGCAGAAGGCUUCCUCCUGAGCCAGGCAGAGGACCAGAAGCAGGAAGGGCAGCAGGUAAAGGCCCAAUUUCCAGAAGUGGGACCUGAUUUCCCUACAGCAGAGGGGGCUCCAUCGUCAGGCACCUGGCAGAGCCCCCCACAAAGGGGGUUCGGGCCGGAGGGCAACGGACAUGUCGUCUUGCAGGGGCGUGGAAUGACAUUGGCAAUGAGUACACAGCCGUCUCUUCCUGAAGGAAUGGAACUGGACCAGGGUCUGGUGACUUUCGAGGAGGUUGCUGUGCGGUUCACGGAGGAGGAGUGGGCCCUGCUGGAUCCUGACCAGAGAGCCCUGCACAGGCAGGUCAUGGAGGAGAACCGGAGGAUCGUGGCUUCUCUCGAAAGUGACAGGUGGGAAAGGAAGAAUAAGAGCGAACCAUGUGGGAUGUCACGGAAAAGAGACAAAUGUAACAACAGCAAAAAGGAGAGAAGAGAAACUGAUGUACAUCGGAAUGGGAACAAUUAUUCCUUUGCUUCUAAGGGCAAUGUCUACCAUAAUAUCACAGUCCAAGAAGAAAUACAUCAAAGACAGGAAAUUAAUAGUUUCCAUAUGCAGAGGAACACUUUCAAUUCUGAAUCAAACUUUAAAGUUCAUUGUGAAAUUCACACGUUGAAGAAAGCAUAUACAUGCCUGGUAUGCGAAAAGAGCUUCAGUGAGAAGGGGACUCUGAUUUCUCAUCAAAGAACUCACACAGGGGAGAAACCUUAUCAUUGUUUGGUGUGUGGAAAGAGCUUCAGUCAUCAGAUAACUCUUACUCGUCAUCAAAGAAUCCACUCUGGGGAAAAACCAUAUCCAUGCUUGGAGUGUGAUAUGAGCUUCAGACAGAAGAUUCAUCUCACUUCUCAUCAAAGAAUUCACACAGGGGAGAAGCUAUAUCAAUGUUUGGAAUGUGGAAAACAUUUCAGUGACAAGGGAACUCUUAUCUGUCAUCAAAGAAUUCACACUGGAGAGAAACCACAUAAAUGUUUGGAGUGUGAAAGGAGCUUCAGACAGAAGGGAAAUCUCAUCUCUCAUCAAAGAACCCAUACAGGAGAGAAACCAUAUCAGUGUUUGGAGUGUGGAAUGAGCUUCAGUCAGAAGAGAAAUCUCACUUCUCAUCAAAGAACUCACACAGGCGAGAAACCAUAUAAAUGCUUGGAGUGUGGAAAGAGCUUCAGUCAGAAGACCCCUCUCACUCAGCAUCAAAGAACUCACACAGGCGAGAAACCAUAUCUCUGCUUGCAGUGCGGUAAGAGCUUCAGUCAGAAGAAGCAUCUUAUUUCUCAUCAAAGAACUCACACAGGGGAGAAACCACACCAUUGUUUGGAGUGUGGAAAGAGCUUCAGUGAGAAGAGAACUCUUACUUCUCAUCAAAGGAUUCACACAGGGGAGAAACCAUAUAAAUGCUUAGUGUGUGAAAAGAGCUUCAGUCAGAAGAAAUAUCUCACUUCUCAUCAAAUAAUCCACUCGGGACAAGCUAUAUCACUGUCUGGAGUGUGAAAAGAGUUUCAGUCAUAUCUCAUUUCUGACCAAGACACUUGAUCUUUGCCCCAAAGCAGACGGAUUAAGCCAAGAUGGCACCAUGGUAAGAAGCGUGGUCUGAAGCCCAUAAACUGGUUUCCCCAACAC